AUGCCAGUCACCAAUUUCUCCCAUCCCGACCCGUAUUCUUACCAGACAGGCUUCGACUCUUACCAUGAGACCGAAGCUAUUGAAGGUGCUCUUCCAAUAGGGCAAAAUUCCCCUCAGAAAGCCCCCUAUGGCUUGUAUGCAGAGAAGCUGUCCGGCACAGCUUUCACCGCCCCCAGACACGAGAAUCGACAAACAUGGGUCUACCGCAUCCUGCCUGCCGCUGCACACCAGAACUUUGUCGCUGAGGAGGAGGACUCUUACCACACUCGCAUGACCACUGAAACCCACCAGCUCCACCACAUCCCUAACCAGCUGCGAUGGGAUCCCUUCGAUCUGGAUGAGACCGUCGACUGGGUCCACGGCCUUCACUUGGUGGCCGGGGCCGGGGACCCGACUCUGAAGCACGGAUUAGGCAUCAUUCUGUAUGCCGCAGGCAAGGAUAUGGGCAAGGAAGCGUUUUACUCGGCGGACGGCGACUUUCUAAUCGUGCCUCAGCACGGCGUGCUGGACAUUCAAACCGAAUUGGGCCGACUAGUCGUGCGUCCGAACGAGAUUUGCGUGAUCCCUCGCGGUGUGCGAUACCGCGUCACCCUUCCUGCCGGGCCAGUGCGAGGAUACAUCUGCGAGCUCUACCAAGGCCACUACCAGCUCCCCGAGCUCGGCCCGAUCGGGUCCAACUGUCUUGCCAACGCCCGCGACUUCCAAGCGCCCGUUGCGGCCUUUGAUGACGAAGAAGAACCGACUGAGUACCGGCUAUACAGCAAGUUUGCCAACAAGCUCUACUCCGCGCGUCAACAGCACACCCCCUUCGACAUCGUUGCCUGGCACGGCAACUACUACCCCUAUAAGUACGACCUCGGGCGCUUCAACACCAUCGGCUCGAUCUCCUUCGACCACCCGGACCCGUCCAUCUUCACCGUUCUGACCGGCCCGUCCGACCACGCAGGCACCGCGAUCGCGGACUUUGUCAUCUUCCCGCCCCGCUGGCUGGUGCAGGAGAACACCUUCCGCCCGCCGUGGUACCACCGCAACACCAUGUCCGAGUUCAUGGGACUGAUCACCGGGAACUACGAUGCGAAGACGGGCGGCGGGUUUCAGCCGGCCGGCGCUAGUUUGCACAAUGUGAUGAGUGCGCACGGGCCUGAUGCCGAUGCCUUUGAGGGGGCGAGUAAUGCGGAGCUCAAGCCGGCGAAGGUUGGGGAUGGGAGUAUGGCCUUUAUGUUCGAGAGCUGUCUGAUGGUAGGGGUGUCUGAGUGGGGGUUGAAAACUUGUCAGAAGGUGCAGGAGGAGUAUAACGAGCACAGCUGGCAGCCGCUCAAGCGACACUUCAAGAACCCGAAUAAGAAAUAG